CUGGAUGUCAGCUAUACUUCGUCAAUCGCGUUUCCUCAUUCUUGGUCUCUAUUUCCUCCAAGCUUCCCAAUCUCCAACGAACGAAGUUCUACAGCCACGCAUCAAACCUGCGUUGAACCCCGCACGUUGAAUUCGAAAAUGUCGAUCGAAAAUUCAUCCCCAGUUCCGUCUCCAUCUGAAAUCUCAUCUCCACCUUCACCUCCAGCUUUACCGUCUAAUCUCAAUCAUCAGAGUCCAACUCAAUCUCCUCCGGAUGGCGGCAUCGAAGCGUGGUUGCAGGUCUUUGGGGCGUUCAUGGUGUUUUGGAAUAUAUGGGGCCUUCCGAUGUCCUUUGGCGCUUUUCAAUCUUUCUACGUGCUCCAAUAUCUUCCAGACUACUCCUCCUCAGCAAUUUCAUGGAUUGGGACGCUACAAGGAGCGUUACUAAUUAUGCUGGGCGUCGUUUCCGGCCCAGUGUACGAUCUCGGCCACUACCAUUUUCUUGUAUAUACUGGAAGUUUUCUUACCAUUUUUGGAAUGAUGAUGCUCAGCCUAUCGACCCAGUAUUACCAAGUCUUUUUGUCGCAAGGAGUCUGUACUGGCGUUGGUUGCGGCUUGCUUUAUGUCCCUACAAUGUCGUUGGUGGGCGGAUCAUUCAAACACAAGAGGGCCAUUGCUAUGAGUGUAAUGACCUCUGGCACUGCUCUCGGUGGUAUAAUAUACACAAUUAUCUUUUCGCGACUCAUUUCACAGAUCGGGUUUCCAUGGACGGUCCGAAUUAUAGCAUUCGUUAGCUUCUCUACCUUCGCAAUGGCUCUUCCGGCUUUAUUUAUACGCCCAGCAAAAGUUAGCGGUCGUACCAGGUCUCUCUUCGAUAAGACUGUCUUCACGGACGUGCCGUUCCUUACUUUUGCCAGCGCACAAUUCUUUAUCUUCCUUGGCUAUUUGGUCCCACUAUUUUACAUCCCGACAUAUGCCCAGAUAGCUCUCAAAGAAAAUAAAUCCGUUGCCCUCUAUAUAUUGAUCGGGUGUCAGGCGGCUUCUUUAUUUGGAAGACUUUUUGCUUCGGUCCCUGCCCAUCAUUUCGGGGUAAUGUUUACCUGGGUCACUUGUUGUAGCGUUUCAAGUAUCCUAUGUUUUGUUUGGAUAGCCACUAAUACUUUGGCGGGUUUCAUCGUGUUCAGCGUGUUGUAUGGGUUCUUCGGCGGAGCACUGAUUGCUCUCCCACCAAGCAUUUUCCCUGUGCUCUGCCCAGAUCCCGGCACUUUAGGCUCUCGUAUGGGCCUGUCAUGGACGACAUCAGCAUUGUCUUUCCUGAUUGGGACUCCAGUUGCGGGCGCUAUCAUCAAUUUGCAGACUGCCAAUUUUCUAGGUGUGCAGGCUUGGAGUGGAGCAACUCUCAUGGUUGGGACUGUACUUCUCCUUGCACUGUGGAUUAUGCUUUCUCGUAGCGAAGGGCGCAUUUUCAUAUAAUUCAUGCUACGAUUGUUUGCUCAUCCAAUAAAGUACUCUUGAAAUCCUU